UGGGCCACUAAGGUGGAGCUGACCAUCUCCUGUGAGAACCUCCUGGACAUGGACGUCUUCUCCAAGUCCGAUCCUCUGUGCGCCUUGUACAUCAACACUUCAGGCUCCCACUGGUAUGAGGUCUUUGUGACUGAUGAACAGUUCAACAUUACUCCUGAACUUACUGGGCCUGAGUCUGGGAACUUAAGCUGAGGGUAUCAAUGGAUCUAUCAGAGAACUCCACGAAAUGUCCUUAAAACUGAGCCCAAACAUUAUCUGGAGUUUGCCUUUCACAUCUAAGGAAUGUAGCAGGAGAUCGUUGAGGUAACACACAUUCACAAUAAGAGGAAAAGGUCCAAAACAUUCAGGCGAGGAGUUACCCUGAGUAGAGCGUGAAGGAGAAGGGACAUGAUGUAUAAAUUCUGCACCAGAAAUUAUGUGUUUGUGUUUACAGCACAUUAGCACUGGUGUCAGACCAUACUGCCCCAAUCUCCCCAAACUGCCCCUUUUCAUCCCGAGAUAUUUAUAUUCUUUUUGUUUUUAUCAAUUAGAUGUCACUGAAACAUCCAUUCGCUUUGACAUUUUCAGGACAUAUUCCCUCUGUAUUCUCACAUAGACUCAUGCAGACAUUUUCCGGAUAUUUGACCAGGAGGCCGGUAGGAAAAGUUCUAGAAAAUGUCCAGAGCAACUGACUAUAACCUUUGCAUUCUCACAUACAGCCCCUCUGGAAAAUCAUGAUUGUAGCUGUAGCCAAAGCCCUCUGACCUGAGCUUACACUAGAUGUGUGUUGUUUCUUUGUGUAUCAGUUUGGACGCACAGAGAUGAUCCUGAACUGCCUCAAUCCAAAGUUUGCCAAGAAGUUUGUCAUCGACUACUAUUUCGAGAUGGUGCAGAAGCUGAAGUUUUGCGUGUAUGACAUUGACAACAGUACCUAUGACCUGAGUGAUGAUGAUUUUUUGGGGGAGCUUGAAUGCACCCUGGGUCAGAUUGUUUCCAGCAAGCAGCUGACUCGGUCUCUGUUGCUGACAGACAAGAGGCCUGCAGGUCGGGGGACCAUAACAAUCUGUGCUGAAGAAAUAACAGACACAAGAGUGGCCGAAUUUGAGGUGUCAGGCCGCAGGAUGGACAAAAAGUAUUUGUGGUGGUCUGACCCUUUCCUGGAGUUCUACAAGCAGACAGAGGCCGGCUGGCAGCUGGCUCACAGGACAGAGGUCGUGUACGACAACCUAAACCCAAUAUGGAGACCCUUCCGCAUCUCGAUGCGAUCGCUCUGUGGAGGAGAUGUGGAGAAGCCCAUUAAGGUGGUCUGUUACGACCAUCGCGUCAGUGGCUCCCAUGAUCUCAUCGGAAGCUUUCAAACCACACUGGCAGAGUUGCAAGUGGGAACACACAUUUCCCCAGCUGAAUUCGAGUGCAUAAACCCGAAAAAGUUAAAGAAGAAGAAGUAUAAAAACUCUGGGGUCAUUUGCGUCAAACGCUGCCAGUUGGUGAAGGACUACACCUUCCUGGAUUAUAUCAUGGGCGGUUGUCAGAUCAACUUCACUAUCGCCAUUGACUUCACAGGCUCUAACGGGGAUCCAAGCUCUCCCCGCUCCCUCCACUACGUCAACCCUGAUGGCUACAACGAAUACCUGGCAGCCAUCUGGGCAGUGGGUAAUGUCAUCCAGGACUAUGACAGUAACAAAAUGUUUCCUGUCUUUGGUUUUGGAGCCAAGAUCCCUCCCUCCUGGCAGGUUUCCCAUGAGUUUCCCAUCAAUUUUAAUCCAACAAAUCCAUUCUGUGCAGGCAUAGAGGGAGUGGUGCAGGUCUACCAGCAGUGUCUACCCCAGCUGAAGCUCUGGGGUCCCACCAACUUUUCUCCGGUGAUUGACCACGUCACCUGCUUCGCCAAACAAGCUCUCCGGCAGAAAACGGCCUCGCAAUACUUCGUGCUGCUCAUCAUCACAGACGGAGUGAUCACAGACAUGGAUCAGACAUGUGCUGCGAUAGUAGAGGCCUCUCGUCUGCCCAUGUCUAUCAUCAUAGUGGGCGUGGGCGAUGCUGACUUCAGCGCGAUGGAGUUCCUCGACAGCGACGACAAGCUGCUGCGUUCGCCGACCGGUGACACCGCUGCGAGAGACAUCGUCCAGUUUGUGCCCUUCAGGGAUUUCCAAGGAAACAGCGUGGCCCUCGCCCAGAGCGUCCUGGCUGAGCUGCCCGAUCAAGUGUCCUCCUUCUUCAAUUCUUACAAGCUGAAGCCCCCAAAUAUAUCCAGUGUUUCUGAGCCGUCUUAGGAAGGUGGGGUAAUUAUCCCAAAUACCUCAUAUAUACCACAUGCCUGCAUCUCGCCCACCCUCUUAACUAAGUUGCCUGUAUGAAUGGUGCAAAGCAUCACCAUGAUUAGUUAUUUUACAGCUUGUGCUGUCGCGUAUAGAGGAAGGAAAAGCUGGUCAAAUCAAACAUUGUAUAUAUUGUGUUUUGAAAUUUGUUUUGAAUUGUUGAAGAUGAAUUCCUGUGACGCCUUGUAAUGCAUGAAAUCACCAAGCAAUCAUAAUAAAAGUAAUCACACUUUGAACUAC